AAAGCAAAUUAAGCUGGCUAACCAAAACCCAACUGCUAAACCUCCAUCCCCCAAGCCCCAACAAUGUCGACCUCAGCCUCAAAUCUGCUCCUCCGGGUGUGCUCGGUUCUCUUGGUACUCGGCACCGUCACCGCCACCGACCAUAUCGUCGGUGCUAACAAAGGCUGGAACCCUGGCAUCAACUACACCCUUUGGGCCAAUAAUCACACCUUCUAUGUUGGAGACCUCAUCUCCUUCAGGUACCAGAAGACGCAAUACAAUGUGUUUGAAGUGAACCAAACCGGGUAUGACAACUGCACAACGGAAGGAGCAGUAGGGAACUGGAGCAGUGGAAAGGAUUUUAUACCUCUGAAGAAGGCAAAGAGGUACUACUUCAUUUGUGGGAAUGGGCAGUGCUUCAAUGGCAUGAAGGUUUCGGUGGUUGUUCACCCACUCCCUUCUCCUACCGCCUCACCUGUUCUCCGUCAUGCAUCUAACAGCACCAAUGCCGCUAGACUGCUAGUAUUGCCUAGGGGCGUGACUGGUUUAAGGGCUUUGGCUCUGCCAUUAGCUUGGAUUUGGCUUGUAUCUGGGUGGAUCUAGCACGAGUUUCACUUUGCUUGUUUCUUUGAUAAGGGAUCUGCCUUUAUUCUUUUUUAAUCGUUCAGUCGAACCUUGUGGUGUUUCGUU